AUGACUGCAUAACCAAGAAAACACAAGUUGAUUGCGUGUAGGCGAAACCCAUGAUUGGGAGCAAUGCAGUAUUUCCAGUUCCAAUACUCCAAGUUGUUUACCAACAUGCCACAAAUAUUCUGUUAGCAUCGAAGACUGCAUUAGAAGAGCUUGCACACUUCUGGGCGGGAAGGCUGACAUGGCCCUCGCAGCAUUGCUUCUUAUUUGCGUGGCGGAGUUUGCAACUGCGUCAUGGUGCUCGCUGUGGCCGCUGCGCUCCGAGCUGUCGCUGCUGCUGCACGCGGCGGGCUGGCGCCAGCUGUACAGCUUCUCGCUGGGCAACCUGGACGUGUUGCUGCUGGCCGCGGCUAAGCAGCUGCUGCUGCUGGGCCUCAUCCUCGCCACACCCAGUCGGAGGCGGGCGCGGGGCGGCGGCGCGCCGCUUGAGUCCAACCACCCACAGGUCCGCACCGCCAUCCAGGUGCUGUGCCUGGCGCACGCCACACUGCUGCUGGUCAAGGCGGCGGCGGUGGCCGUCACGGCGCCAGACGACCUGUGGCCGGCGCAGCCGCCGCACCCGCCCGGCGGCGCCGCCGGCGGCCGCGUGGUGGUGGGGCUGGUCUACAUGUACACCAGCAUUGUGGGGAGCCUGCUGGCCAGCCUGCUGACGCCGCUGCCCGCCGCGGCCCUGGUGGAGGAGCGAGAGGCGGCGUGGGAGGAGGGCGAGUCGGCGGCGGACGCAGCGGCCCUCGAGGCGGCGGCGGCGGCGGCGGUGGACCCGCUGCGCACGCCGCUGCUGACCGCAGCUGCGGCGGAGGAGGGCGGAGCGGCAAGUGGCUCGGCGGCGGCGGCGGCGGCGGCGGGGAAAGGAGGAAAGGCGGUGGCGGUGGCGGCAGCGGGAGCUGGAGCUGGGGCGGGGGCGGGGGCGGGGAAGGGCGGUGCGGAGCCGGCGGCGGAUGCCAAGACCCGCCGUGCGGCGGCCAAGCGCAAGCAGCGCACGCUGCUGGAGCUGCUGCGGCUGAGUGCUGUGGACACGCCGCUGCUGCUGGUGGCGUUCAGUGCGGGGGUGGUGGCGGCGCUGGGCAGUGCGCUGCUGCCCUACCUCACGGGACAGAUCAUCGACUACGCAGCCAUAGAGCCGGACAGGUCCAAGUUCGGGCACACCACGGUCCGGCUGCUGUGUGUGGCGGCGCUGACGGGCGUGUUCACGGGUGUGCGCGGCGGGCUGUUCACACUCGCCAACACGCGGCUCAACGUGCGGCUGCGGAAGCAGCUGUUCCACUCGCUGCUGCAGUUCGAGGUGGGAUUCUUCGACACGACCAAGACCGGCGAGAUCACCUCCCGCCUGGCCGCAGACACAACCACCGUGGCCGACCAGGUGGGCCUGAACCUGAACGUGAUGCUGCGCAGUGCCACCCAGGCGGCCAUGGUGCUGGUGUUCAUGUUCGCGGCCAGCUGGCGCCUCACAGUGGUCACAUUCAUACUGGUGCCAGUGGUGCUCACCAUAAGCAAGGUGUACGGCAAGUACUACAGCCGCCUGAGCAAGAAGGUGCAGGCGGAGCUGGCGGCAGCUAACGGGGUGGCGGAGGAGGUGCUGUCCACCAUGACCACCGUCAAGGCACACGCGGCGCAGGACUCGGCGGAGGUGGCCUACGCGGCCAAGCUGGCAGACUUCUACAAACUGCAGGUGGCCGAGGCGGGCCUGUACACUGUGUAUGCGGCCGUCAACACCUUCCUGCCCAACCUCACACUGGCGGCGGUGCUGUUCUACGGCGGGCACCUGGUGCUGGCGGGCCUGAUGCGGCCCCGCUCGCUGGUGUCCUUCAUGCUGUACCAGCAGUCGCUGACGUCCUCCUUCCAGAUGAUUGGCGACGUCUUCUCCGCCCUCACAGCGGCGGUGGGCGCGGCAGACAAGGUGAUCGAGCUCAUGAACCGCAAACCCGACAUCCCGCCCGCGGGGCACAUGAAGCUGCCGGCGCUGGAGGGCCGUGUGGAGCUGCGCGAUGUGGUGUUCGCCUACCCCGCCCGCCCCCACGUGCGAGUGCUCAGCGGCCUCAACCUGGUGGCGCAGCCGGGCGAGGUUGUGGCUCUGGUGGGCGCCAGUGGCGGCGGCAAGUCCUCCAUCGUCAAACUGCUGGAGCGCUUCUACCUGCCCUGCGCCGGCAGGAUCCUGAUUGACGGCCACGACCUGGGCGAGCUGGACCCCAAGUGGCUGCGGCGGCAGGUGGCGCUGGUGUCGCAGGAGCCGGUGCUGUACGCCCGGUCCAUUCGGCGCAACAUCAUAUUCGGGCUGGAGAAGGACGACGGCGCGGCGGCGCCGCCCACAGAGGAGGAGAUCAUAGAGGCGGCCAAACAGGCCAACGCGCACGACUUCAUCACGUCCUUCCCCGAGGGCUACGACACCUGCUGCGGCGAGAAGGGUGUGGCGCUGAGCGGCGGCCAGAAGCAGCGCAUCGCCAUUGCGCGCGCGCUGGUGCGGCGGCCGCGAGUGCUGCUGCUGGACGAGGCCACCUCGGCCCUGGACGCCGACAGCGAGGCGGUGGUUCAGGAGGCCCUGGACCGGGUGAUGGCGGGUCGCACGGUGCUGGUCAUCGCGCACCGGCUGUCCACCAUCCAGGGCGCGGACCGCAUCUACGUGGUGGGCAGGGGCGCCGUGCAGGAGGUGGGCACGCACGACGAGCUGCUGGCGGCGGGCGGCGUGUAUGCGCAGCUGGUGCGGCGGCAGCUGCAGCGCCCGGCGUCGCAGGCGAACCUGUUGGAACGGUACGCAAACAGUUUCCAAGCCGUGAGCCUAGACGACGGCGGCGGCGCCACCCGCAGCCCGGGGCUCGCCCGCCUAGCCGCAGCCCCUCCCGGCGAGCCCGGCGUAGUCGUAGACGCCACCGCCGCCUCUGCUACAGCCAGCCCCGCCCCAAGCCGCGGCUCUUCCAGCCGCAUGCUACAGCCCAGCGUCCUGUCCAUAGCACGGCGGCAGCUGGCCAACAUCUUGGCCAGCGCCGGCGACCUGCGCCCCUCUGCAAGCAGCGCCUCGCUCGCGGACUCAACCCGGGGGUAGCAGCGGGCCACAGCGUGUGUGUGUGUGUGUGUGUGUGUGUGUGUAGAUACCAGCCCAAACUAAACCGAACCCAAUGCAGAAGACGGGGGAGUGGAGCGCUCACGGAGGUGGCAGGGCGGCUCUGUAGGCGGGGCGGUGCCAUGCCAGGUUGCUGUCUUGCCGUAUGUGCAUGUACCGUAUGUGUAUGUAUGUGGGUGUGUGAGAGGGGUAAGGAGGACAGAGAGGUGCAGUGCAGUGUGCAGUCCUGACUCCCAAGGAGUAUGUGUCCCAGGCGAGGCUAGGUUGCACCCAUCGGUACAUCGGGAGACUGCUCAGUGAAGGCUGGCCGUCGGGAGCGCGGCAGCUUUGUAAUGCGUCGUGGAC